UCAACAGCUGAAAUUUAUUUUUAAUAAAUGAAUAAUUUAAAUCUUUAUGAACAUAAUGUUUUCGAUGUUUCUAUAUUACUUCUUUCAACAUUAUUGAAUCUGUUUUGAAGUGGCUAGAGCAGCGUGCACACUGGUGCACACAUGCCAACUAUAGUAUUUAAAUAGUAAAAUUAAAUAUUUUAAAUGUAUUUUUUAUGUUUUUAUUAACAUAUAUUAACAACAAUAAGAACAUUAUUUCAAGUGAAAAUUUGAUAUUGCAUUUGUAUGUACGUAAAAUAAUGAUGAGCACCGAUAAUACAUCAAAAUUUGAGGUUAAGCCUUUAAAAAAGCAAAAGCGAAUGAAAGAAAAACAUAAUUCAAAAGACCUUACAAAGGAAAUAAGUAACAACACUGAUGCAUCAGAAAAUAUUAGUAAUAAAAUAAAAGUUAAUAAAAAACUAAAAGAGACAAAGAAGAAAUUAAAUAACAGUAAUAACUUCAAUGAUAAUCAUGAAGAAAUUGUUAAAUGUAAGGAAGAAAAAAGCAAUAUUAAAAAGGUAAAAAAGAAAAUGAAUAGAAAUGAACCAGAUGAUGAAGCAAUACCACCAAAGAAAAGAUCAAAUAUCACAUCCAACAAUUUAGAAGAAACAGAAGAUGCAGAGGAAACUAAUGAAACUGAUUCAAAGGCUCCAAAGCAACCUUCCAAAAGGCAAAUGAAAAAAGAGAAAGCUCAAAUAAAAGAUAAUGAGAAAAGAAUAGCUAGUAAAAUGGAAGCAAUGAAAAAAGGACUUAAUUAUGUGUUGAAGUGGAAACAUGCGCGAAGUCAGUGGAAAUUUGAGAAACUAAAACAGAUUUGGCUUAUGGAUAAUCUGUUGGAUGAGACUUCAAUCCCAGAUGAUGUAUUUCCUAUAGUGUUAGAGUACUUUGAAGGAUGUAAAGGAAUGGCAAGAGAACAGCUUCUAAAACAAGGUAUGGAUAUCAUAAGAAAAAUAGAAGAAAAUGGAGAAAACAAAGAUGAAAUUGAAUCUGUUGCUUAUCAAAGGGCAAGAAAGCUUUUACAAGCUUUACCUACUGAGACAUAAUUUCAUUGAAAUUGUAACAAGGCAUUGACAAACCAUUUCAUUUUAAUCAUUUUUGUAAUACAUUGUUUACAUGUUUUGUAUAUUUCCCAUCUUCCCUACAAACAAAAUUUUUUGUUACAUACUGAAUGUAUAGUUGAAUAUUGUAAAUAAUUUAUAAAUCAAAUUUACCUGUU